GGUGCCCUUUUGUAGGAGACCCUCAACUGAGGUCCCCUCUGCCUGUUCAGGUGGUCCUUAAGGACCCCCUGGCGCUGUUCGAAACGCCAAGGGAGUUUCCUCUCCCGCCGUCUUAGCUGACAAUCCUGACGACAAUCGGUCGCCCGACCGCUGGCUGUUGCAAAAUUGGCCGCUGCGUUUGCGCGCAAAAUACAGUCACUACGAUUGACGGUAAAUCCGGGGAAGCGCUUUGAGGGGUCUGGCUGACUUGAUCGGGCGUAGUGACAAAUGCAAGUGGUAUUAUUAUUAAAGGGGCAAGUAGGGAACACACACUGUUUUUUCUCCCCCACCAGGACGUCCUUAGAAGUAAUUCGUGUUUUUAACAACUGGCAUUUGUUUAAUUCUUUUCAGUUUAAAGGAUACCUGAGUGUCUCAAAGCGUUUAAGCUCAGACAGAAGUGGACCCCGAACAAGAAGUGAAAUUUAGAGAUAACUGGAGGCUUAUUCGAAGAGUUGGGUCUGUUAAGAGUUUUUUGAACACGGAGUGGAAGACAGAUAAUGUAGUGUUGGAAGAUGGUUUCCAGAAGAGUGGGCUGUGGUGUCUGAAAGCGGGGAGAGGCCAGGGUAGAGGAAAAAAGCAGUGGGUAUGGGCUGCAGUGUAGGUAAAACAUCCUUGAUGUUUGGGCAUCACUGGUACCUGCUCCUGACCUAAGCGAUUCCAAUGACAUCACCGAGGCCACCUCCAAACAAGAAGAGCUCCAUUUACUUCAACUGAAUGUAAAUGCUCGGCACCGGCCUGGGAGGCUAUCUAGACGAGGCCUAUCCAGGCAAUAUUUGUAUAAAGAUGUAAUUUUCAAAUAUAAGUAAGGGUGUUGUUUGAAUAGAAAGCAUAUUUCCUAGACUUUUCUUUGUCUCUAAUAUAUUUCACAAGAUUGGAGCCUGACCAUGGUCAGUCCAUCGUCUCUAACUCAUGUUGAGCUCCUGGUAAACAGGGUCUUUCACUGCAGGUGACUCCUCUCUGAAGAAAUGACAGCUGGAUCCAUAGCAGUACCACGGAUAAUCCCAUUGCGAACCCCCCUCCCUGGCAAAUCCAAACAUGAAAUUGACACAAACACUCCUAUAGAAAUCAAAUCAGAUACCUCAGAUGUCGAUAUAUACUACACUUUGGAUGGCAACAAACCUCAACAGUUGAAGAAAUCCGGCUAUGGGGAGAACUCUACCUUAAAGUACAGAGCACCUUUCACACUGCACGAUGGGAAAAUAACAGUCAAAGCUUUGGCUAUCACUGGGGAUGGCAGAGAGAGCGGCAUAGUCACCAAGGUGUUCCUUGUGGAGUAUGUAUCGUCAAACGCAGUGGAGACGUUGGAGGAUGAUGGUGAGAAUUUCCUCAAAGAUUGCGUCCAAAAACUCUCUGGGCAGGAAAUUCAAGAGGGCUUGGCCCAAACCACAGCUGUAAUCAAUACAAAUUCAAGCCAGGAAACCAAGUCAGCAUGGGAGGAGGCAACACAAAAACGUCAAGAGUCGAAGAGAGAGGGUAGCAGUCAUCACAAGUCGUUUAAAGGCCCACGUUUCUUGAACAGCCGUUUGGGAACCCCAGCCCUUGGACAUGAGCAGUCUUCAGGACAUCAAUCCCACAAGUCACAGUUUCCUGCCUCCAUUGAUGUCAGUCCUUACAAGAGCCUGAGCAGCACUCAAACCAUGAGAAUUCUGAGGGCGAGUGACUUUCUGAAAUGUGCGUAUUGCCUUGCUUCCCGUCCAUCGGAUCCUUUUGCACGUUUUUGCCAGGAAUGUGGUUCUCCUGUUCCUCCAGUGCCGGGUUCGAGGCUUCCACCUCCUGAAGGAGGUCAGAUGGGGCUCUGCAUGGAAUGCAAGUCAAUGGUCCCACUGAACACUCCUACAUGCAUUGUGUGCGAAGCCUCUAUAGCACCCCAGCUGCAGCCUCAGGCUAGCAUACGUCUCAAGGACAAGAUUAUUUGUGGAUCGUGUGGGACAGGAAAUCCAGCUAAUGUCCAUCUCUGUGUCACCUGUGAGACACGCUUAUCAAGUCCACCCAAUCUUGUUUCCAACGGAGGUUCCUCUCCACGUCUGCCAAGUCGAGAGGGGAAGAUGCUGGCCUGUUCUAAGUGUGGCCGGGUUAACAACACCAAUGCUCGUUUCUGUGACUGGUGUGGAGCUAAGCCUUUUGCACCCACAAGCUGCCUGAAGUGCUUAAAAUGUGGAGGAAUGAACCACCCCUACGCUUAUUUCUGUGGAUCCUGUGGUGCUUAUCUGGAACCUCCAGCACGGCUGGAUCCCCGAAACAGCAUGCUCUUUAGCACUGGCCAGUCUACUAUUCUGGCUGAGACCACAGACGUGCGAUCUUCUGCAACCUGGCAGCCAAUGGCCAUCUCGUUGUCAAAGUUUGGGCCAGAAUCUAAUAAAGUGGACCAGGGUACUCAGACUGUCGGAUUGUUUUAUCCGUCCUGCAAGGUGUUGGAGAAGAAGGAAAUCGAGAUUGUGUCUCAACGUGAAAAGCGAGAGAAAAUGAGUGAUCGGCGCCCCCUUCUGACAGCAGUUAGCCCUGGAAGAGGAUUUUGGAGAAAACAGCUGGAUCACAUUUGUGCACAUCUCCGAAGCUAUGCACAGAACAACACAGAGUUCAGGGCUCUUAUUGGGGAACCUCAAAUGGGAAAGAUGAUUUCAGCUAUGGUCCAUGAGGAUGGAUAUGAACUAAAUCUCAGUCUGAAUUUCAUUCUUGCUGGAGAUCAGGACCUUCUAACUGGGAAAUCAAUAAAGCUUUCAGAGAAAAACUUCCUCAGCAGCAUAACUGAGGGCAGAGACAGUCUGAAUGGCAGCCACACUGAUUUGGAAGCAAACAAGAAAUUGAAAAAAGCAAAGAAGACACAACCAGUUGCAACAAAGGAAGACAGACUGCCGCCUGAUGAUAGACAGCUACUUACGGAAGUAGGAUCAAACGGUGAUGGGAGAAUCUCAGUAAUACAGGAGUUGCUUGACGAAGGAGCAGAUCCAAACUGCACUAACAAUGAAAACAGACCAGUCUUAACUGUUGCUGUUUUGAAUCAGCAUCAUGAAGUGAUCCCAGUUUUGGUGCAAAAGGGAGCAGACAUUGAACAACAGUCAGGGCUCUUGAAUAACACUGCUCUUCAUGAAGCUGCAGAGCUUGGGGCAAAGGGUUUGAAAUGUGUGGACAUGUUGCUUGGCUGUAAUGCAAGUUUAAAGAAGAAAAACGAUAAAGGUUUAACAGCAUAUGACUUGGCUGUCAAGACUGGUAAUGACCAACUUGUCUCCUUAUUUACUGCAAAAAUGGGGCAAGGGAUGUUGGACAAACUUACCAAGCCGAAGCAUGUCGGACUGGACGUGUAUUAAUCCUUUCCUGAGGCUCAAAUAUAUUGAUCAGAAGGCUUAUGAGGUAACCUCUAGCAGAUUUUUUUUUAAUACCAUUUGUGCUAGGAGAAUGCAUUUUCAAAGUGAGACUGACAAGACCAUAUAACGAGAACUGAUAUAUCAAUAAGGAUGCUGUGUGGGCUUGUUCUGUUUGGGAUGCACACAAUCUGUGGCAUAAGUUGUUACCCAUAGGAUCCCAUCUUUUUACUAGAAGCACCUCAUACCCUGACAUUCUGAGCAUUCAGAUGAGAUCCUUAAUCUCUUGCUUCAAUAGAAAAUUGAUUCUUUAACAAACCGAAGAUUAUAUAUUCCCCUUGGUUUGAUUUUCUAAUAUAAUUUAUGUAUGUGUUUUAAAUAAAAAAAUUUAAAAACGAA